AUGGCAGGAGAUUUGAACUUAAAGAAGUCGUGGAAUCCAGCCUUAGUUAAGAACCAAAAGAAAGUAUGGCAAGAAGAGCAAAAUAAGCUUGCAGAAUUUAAGCAGAUUGAAAAACUUGAAGAUGAAUUCAAAUCAGAACAGGAAUAUAAGCAUUUGCUUAAGUUACAAUAUGGAGAUGACUUUAAAGUUCUGGACUUAAAGGGGAAGGAGAAAUUGAAGUUGAAUAAACUCAGUUGGAUGUAUGAUGAUAUGCCUAAAACUGAUGAAGCAGAGGUAGAGAAUGAAGCAGGAUUUAUUGAAAGUAAAGAGUUUACUGAGGGCAAGAAUGAGGUUGAGAAUUUAUUGAAUGGUAAUAAAUCUUUUAAUAAAACAUCAGGAACUACCACAACCUCACUUGAUAAUAUAUUGAAUGUGGGGAGAGGUGGAAUUAAGCAGAGUGUCGUAAGUGAUGAUCCAUUACUUAAAAUAAGACAAGAGAAGCGUAAGCAAAUGAGCUCAAACAAACUCAGUGCAUCAAGACACUCUCAUAGAUCACGAGAGAGGGAUAGUUCUUCAGCUCGAAGUGACAAGGAUAAGCCGUAUAAAGUAAGAAAGGAGUCCUCGCCGUCUCAUAGUCACAGAUCCUCAUCUUCAUCUACAUCAAGACACCAUCACCAUCAUUCCAGUCAUUCCAGUCAUUCUAGUCAUUCCACUCAUUCAUCAUCAAACGCUCCCAAGGAAAGAUAUAUCCCUAAAUAUUGA